UGAUGCUGAUGAUGUUGAUGAUGAUGAUGAUGAUGAUGAUGAUUAUUGCCAUUAAAUUAUUUUUUCACUGAAAUUCCCACCAGCAUUCGAUCAAUCAUAUAAAAAUUUCGAAUCAUCAUCUGCUUAUAUAUUUAUUCUUAAAAAGAAUUAUCUAUAAUUUUAAAGAAAAAAAAAUAGAAUAAAAAUUCCAACAAUCAAACGAUGGCAUCGAUACGAAAAAAACUUGUUAUUGUUGGUGAUGGUGCUUGCGGUAAAACAUGUCUAUUGAUUGUAUUUAGUAAAGAUCAAUUUCCCGAAUUUUAUGUGCCCACUGUUUUCGAAAAUUAUGUUGCCGAUAUUGAAGUGGACGGUAAACAGGUUGAAUUGGCUCUUUGGGAUACAGCCGGUCAAGAAGAUUAUGAUCGUUUACGACCAUUAUCUUAUCCAGAUACCGAUGUCAUUUUAAUGUGUUUCAGUAUCGAUAGUCCUGAUUCACUUGAAAAUAUUCCAGAGAAAUGGUCACCAGAAGUACGACAUUUUUGUCCCAAUGUACCCGUUAUUCUUGUUGGUAAUAAAAAGGAUUUACGAAAUGAUUAUACUCUUAAAUCAAAAAUCAAGACAGUGUCAACCGAAGAAGGUAAAGCAAUGGCUGAAAAGAUAAAUGCUUUUGGUUAUCUUGAAUGUAGUGCCAAGACCAAAGAUGGUGUACGCGAAGUAUUCGAAGUAGCAACACGUGCAGCUCUACAAUCGAAAAAAAGACGUAGAAAGAAAUGUACAAUCUUGUAAAACACAGAGAGUGAGAGUUGCUCAACAUCAACCGCCAUACACAAAACAGCAACGGUAAAAAACCACCACCACCACCAUCAUCCCCAAUUCUUGGAUUCUUUUUAAACGGUAUUCCUGCAAACAACAAUCUACCAAAAUCACACAUCACAAUUUAUGAUGAUAUAUGUUCAUGAUCUUGACAACAAAUAAUACAGCGAAUCUUUGCCUACCACCUAUCUUUCUCUCUCUCUUUCUACCCAGCUGUUUUGGUUAUCUUUUUGUAACAAACACACACACACAAAAUAUUUAUAUGAUUGAUUGCUUUGCAUAGCAUUGGCGAAAUGUUGAUUGAUUUUGAUUUGAUUUGAUGAUUUUUUUAAAAAAAUUUGAAUUUUAAACACGUACACACACACAUAUGAUAAUCCCUUUUUCCUUUUCCUCUUUUUCAAUUUGAUAAUGUGGUAUCCCGAUUUUUUUUUCUUUGGAAAAUGGUCAUCAUUUGUUUGUUGCUUAAAUCUUUUUAUCCCAAAACAGACACACAUACACACACACACAAAUUUUACCCUACAAAUACCUGUUGUGUUAAACAUAACUUGAUUCUUAAAAUGUUGAAACUUUUUUCUCUUGAAAUUGAAACCAUAACAACAACAACAA